GAAACUUAAGAAUAAGCUUAUUUAACAGUGAGGGCGAUAUUUGGUCAUCGUCCAGUUGAGAAGAAUGUCAAAGCGGGAGCGUGGAGUGAAGAUGAAGAACACUAACAACAACCUCCUUCUUCAUAAUCCUUCAGAAUCUUCUGCACCUGGAAUUGUGAAUCAUCAGCAAGUGCAUAUGCAUGCUCCUGCAAAUGAAAAGCUAAAUGGCAUCCAUGUACCUGGAGAAACACGGAAUUUGUAUCAAAACUACUCAUUGUCUAAAAAUGUUCCUCGACGCCAAAAAUCAAAGGAGGGACUACAAACUUCUGCGACUGACCAGGAAAGGAAUCAUACAGAACUCCCUAGUUGGUCCCAGUUCAGACCACGAUCACGUCCAUCAACACAAAAAAGUAAGGUGACAGCUGAUACAACCCAUUCUGAAGUCAUCCCACAGCAAGCUUCUUGUUGUUUGCAGUCCAAACCACGACCACAUUCACGAAAGAGAACAAAAAAUAAGAUAACAGCUAAUACAACGGAUUCUGAAGCUAUCCCACAGCAAGCUUCUUGUUGUUCGCAGAUCAAACCACGACCACAUUCACGAAAAAGAUCAAAAAGUAAGAUAACAGCUGAUUCAACGGAUUCUGAAGUUAUCCCACAGCGUGCUUCUCGUUGUCAUGGUCAAUCAAGGAGGAACAACAGUCAAAAGGGGUUAGGAUCAUCGAAAUUUGAGCUUUACUUGGAGAGCAUAUGGAAAUUGCAUCCGGAAGAUAGGAGAAACACAUUUACGUACCUUGACAGCUUGUGGUUCUCCUUGUACUCAGAACGUUCUCACAAAGCUAAGGUGUUGAACUGGAUUGCGAAAAAGAAGAUAUUCUCAAAAGAGUAUGUUUUUGUUCCCAUUGUUCUCUGGGGUCACUGGAGUCUCCUGAUCUUUUGUCACCUUGGUGAAAGUUUACAAUCUAAAGAAAGAAGUCCGUGUAUGUUGUUGCUUGAUUCUUUGCACAUGGCAAACCCUGAGAGAUUUGACCCUGGGAUCAGAAAAUUUGUUGUAGACCUAUUCAAGGCAGAACAGAGGCCAGAAACCAAGGACCAGAUUAUGAAAAUCCCCCUAAUGAUUCCAAAGGUUCCGCAGCAGAGAAAUGAUGAAGACUGUGGCAAUUUUGUUUUGUACUAUAUAAACCUCUUCUUAGAGAGUGCUCCAGAAAAUUUCAGCAUUUCAAAGGGCUACCCAUACUUUAUGACAGAAGAUUGGUUUACUCCUGAACGGCUGGAAUGUUUUCUUCAAAAAGUGCAAUCUUGUGGAAGUACUUAUGAUUCUGAUGAAUGCCUCCUAGAUGACGGAGAUGUAGUGUGUAUAAAUCCCUAGCUAGCUUUGCCAGUGACAUAGCAUUUGUGCAGGAUUUAAGGCUUAUUUUGGUUUAGGUUUUGGGACUAUGGUGGUUGAUUAAGGCUUACUCCAUGUCUCAAAUUGAUGUUUACUAUGUAUUUUUGUUAAUCGUGGUCGGCAUAAUGUAAAUA